AUGAAAUAAUUUAUAAGAUAUAGAUUUAGUUCAAUCCUAGGUGUAGUAGGUGCUGGAUAAAUGGGAACAGGAAUUGCCAUAGUUGGUAGUGCUGUUGCAGGAUUAAAAGUUAGAGUUGUUGAUGUAAAUGAAUAAAGGUGUAAUAUAAUAUUUAUUAUUGAUUCUAGAUUAUAAGCUAGUCAUACAUUUAUAGAUAAGUGGUGUGACAAAGAAAUUCAAAAAAAUAGAAUGACUAAUCAACUUAAAACUGAUGUAUUAUCAAGAUUUUCUUUUCAUUUGAAAAUUUCUGAUUUAUCAUGUUGUGAUUUCGUUGUUGAAGCUGCUCCUGAGAAAUUCGAAAUGAAAGCUGAAAUAUUUAAAUAACUAGUUUAAGUGACUAAUCCUGAAACCAUUUUGGCUAGCAACACUUCCUCUAUUUCCAUUACUAAAUUAGCUGGAUUAACUAAUAGAGCUGAUCGUAUUAUUGGAAUGCAUUUUAUGAAUCCUGUCCCUGUUAUGAAAUUGAUUGAAGUUAUCAAAGGAAUAUAAACAUCCCAAGAAACAUUAGAUAAAACAUUAGAGUAUUAUAAUUAAUCAUAUUAUAGAUUGGCAAAUAAAAUGAAAAAAGAAAUUGUUAUUGCAUAAGAUAUUCCAGGCUUUAUUGCAAAUAGAAUUCUUAUGCCAUACAUAAAUGAAGCCAUCUAAACCUUAUAUGAAGGUAUUGGAACUGUUGAAGGAAUUGAUAAAGCUAUGAAAUUAGGUACUAAUGUUCCCAUGGGUAUAAUUUCUAUAUCAAUCUUUAGGACCACUAACUUUAGCUGAUUUUAUAGGAUUAGAUACAUGUCUUGAAAUUAUGAAAGUACUUCAUUAAGAUCUUGGUGAUUCUAAAUAUAGACCUUGUCCAUUAUUAGUCAAUUAUGUUAAUGCAGGUUGGUUGGGUAAAAAAUCUGGUAGAGGAUUCUAUAAAUAUUGAGUUAAUAAUCAAUUUUAAUAUAUUUAUCAAAAUAUCUC